AUGGCUGGAGCGCUGAGUGUCAGUAGCCAACCAACCAAAACGCAUUUAUCAUCGACACAGGCAUUGGUGGACACUCCCAAGAUUCAGCAUAACUUGUCUGCAUCAAAUAUUCACGGCGCUUGUAAAGAGUUCACUGCUAUCUUGGGUCCUGAGAAUGUCUCAACAGAACAUACCGAUCUCGUUACCCAUUCUGGCUCAGACUAUCAGUCGUACGCCUGGACUGAAGAGUCGGCCAUCCUUUCGCAAGUAAUUCUCUACCCAGAGACUACAGAACAGGUUUCAGAACUUAUGAAAGUAUGCUUUCGACGCCGGCUGCCAGUCACGCCGUACUCGGGAGGGACGUCGAUCGAAGGCCAGUACAUACCCCAUCUGCAGGGCAUAUGUAUUGACUUCGGUCGGAUGAAUAACAUAGUAGAGCUCAACAAAUAUGAUCUCGACUGUGUUGUGCAGCCUGGAAUAGGGUGGAUGGACCUUAACGAAGAGCUAGCAGGCCACGGUUUGUUCUUCCCACCAGAUCCUGGUCCUGGCGCUAUGAUUGGAGGAAUGGUGGGUACAGGAUGCUCUGGGACAAACGCAGCGGCAUACGGAACUAUGAAAGACUGGGUCUUGUCACUCACCGUGGUUCUUGCCGAUGGCACGAUUAUCAAGACUCGGCAGAGGGCAAGAAAGUCGAGCGCCGGAUAUGAUUUAACAAGAACCUUCAUCGGAAGUGAAGGGACACUUGGACUGGUUACAGAAGCUACUCUCAAGCUAGCAGUCAAGCCGCCUUGCGAAGCCGUGGCUGUAUGUACCUUUCCAACACUUCGAGAUGCGGCAUCUGCGGUGCGCGAAGUGCUGUCCAAUGGCAUCCAGGUGGCGGCUGUUGAGAUCCUUGACGAAGUACAGAUGAAGAGCAUCAACGAUUCUGCUUUGACAAGGUUGAAAUGGAAGGAAGAACCAACUUUGUUCUUCAAGUUCACAGGGAGCGAUGAGUUCAUCAUGGAUCACCUCGCCAAACAAGUCGGAAGUAUCACGAAGCAAAACCACAGCACCACAUACACAUUCGCCUGCGACGAGACUGAGCGCAACGAAUUAUGGUCCGCAAGAAAGAAUGCACUAUGGAGCAUGCUCGCCAUGCGAAAGUCACCAACUGAUAAAGUCUGGACUACCGAUGUAGCUGUUCCUCUAAGUAGACUUCCUGAUAUCAUCGAGUUUGCCAAAGCCGACAUCGAGAAGUCAGGGUUGCUUGGCUCAAUCGUAGGGCAUGUUGGCGACGGAAACUUCCAUACCCUGUUACUCUUCCCCGAGGAGAAGCGACACAUCGCUGAAGAAGUUGUUCACAGAAUGGUCGACAAGGCUAUCGAGAUGAAAGGCACAGCGACGGGCGAGCAUGGCGUCGGACUUGUGAAGAGGGACUAUUUGGAGAAGGAACUCGGUAAAGAGGCUGUGGAUGCGAUGCGAUCGAUGAAAAAUGCAUUUGACCCAUUGUGCAUACUGAACUGUGACAAGGUGAUACGCAUGCAGGCAGCGUAG